GAACAUGGAUCUUCCAACUCUUAAGAGUUAAAGCUACUCCUCUUCUAUUCCUAGGAAUAAAGCUGACUACUGAGCCAAUGUUUUAAAGAAUCCUGUAGUGUCCCAUUUAUACAGAAGUCUAAUCACCUUAACCACCCAAAAACAGUCAACUUAGGACAAAAUGCCUUCUCAGCAAUGGGAGUCACAAAGCCUAGCCAUCUUGCCCAAAGACCUCUCUAGAGUAGAGUAAUUCUGGAUAACUUUAACUUAUUAAGUUUAAAACCAGAAGGAUACAAUAGCGGCUAAUUUUAGAGGGAAAAGAGAAAAACUAAAAAGCCAUGUAGGAGUAUUUAGUGUUUGAGAAAGAGCUCCAUAGCUCCAAAAUGUCACAGUGACAUCAAAAACCCACAUAGACACCAGUGCCAGAAAGGACCAGAGAGCUUAGUCCAACACUCUCAUUAUAAAGAUGGAGAAAAUGGAAGCCCAGAUACGUUACUUGUUUCAAGAUCACAAAGCUUGGUCAAAAGCCCAGGCUUGUACUAAAAAGAACCAAAUCUCCUGUCCUCUCAGGUUAACAGCUUUCCACUAAACUACAACAGAUCAACAAAAAGAGGACCACGAGGAAGGAUGGGGUCACAUCCAAAUAAGUCCAGUUCAGCCAUUAUGCCUUAUGGCCAGUCCUCAGGCAUCAAAAAAGUCACUCUACCCAUGGUGCAUAAUACGAGUUAUAAAACUGAAGGAGCCUUAGAGUCCUCUCUGGCCCUAACCUCUUAAGUGACAAAUGGGGAAACUGAGGCCUGGAACGGGGAAAUGGCUCCCUUAAGAUGCCAGUUAUCUGGGCUGCAAUUUCAUUUCAGUGACAGAAGAUGCAGUGGGAUAAUGAAAGCGAUUUAACGACUGCUCUAAGGUCAUCUGACAGCGCACCCCCCUCCCAAACCAUAGGAGAAGCUGGCCACCUAUCCCAACAUGUCGCCGAGUUCCGGUUUUGGAAAGUGUUGCGGGUGAGAGAAGAGAAAAGGGGAGGAGGGAGGAAAUGAGCAAAACCAGAAAACAAAACUAGCCUCCGAGUCGGGAAAGUACAACCUCCUCCCCCUCUCCCUCCCCUUCCGAUCUAGACUUGGCGGUAUCGUGACAAAGCUGGACUCCCUCCGGGCCGAGCAAAGAGCGAUCCAGCGAUCCCGUCUACGAGGACUGGAGAGACAGGGGUCCAAGCGUUGCUAAAAGAGCUCCAUAGCCAAGGCGGACGGCGGCGCACGUGACGGCGGUUGCCAGGGUGAAGGGUCAACGCCCCCCCACGGGCGCGUCCAAGAUGGCGGCGGCGGGGCGCUGGGGCUGGGGCUCCGGCGGAGGGCCCCGCAGGUGGUCGCUGCCGCCGCUAAUCUGGAUGCUGCUACUCGCCUCGGUGGGUUCCGGGGUCAGAGCUGCCGGAGCUCGGCUGUACAACGCCGGCGGCGCGGACGCCGUGUGGGCGCUGGACGCCGGGAGCGUGCGCGCGGCCACGGGCAACAGCUCGGCCGCGUGGCUGGUGCAGUUUUACUCUUCGUGGUGCGGCCACUGCAUUCACUACGCGCCCGUGUGGCGGGCCCUGGCGCGCGACGUGCGAGACUGGGCUUCUGCCAUUAGAGUCGCUGUCUUGGAUUGUGCUGCAGAAGAAAACUAUGACACCUGUAGGGACUAUGGUAUUCAUUUUUACCCAACUUUUAGGUAUUUUAAAGCAUUUACAAAGGAGUUCACAACUGGAGAAAAUUACAAAGCAGGAAUUGAUAGAGAGCCUCAGACAGUAAGGCAAACGAUGAUUGAUUUCCUCCAGAAUCAUACCCAAGGAAACAGACCUCCUGCUUGUCCAUCUUUAGACCCUGUUACGUCCAGUGACAUUUCUCCUCUCUUGGAAAACAAUGAUGGUCGUUACAUUGCUAUUUUGUUUGAAAGCAAUAACUCAUAUGUUGGACGAGAGGUGAUAUUAGACUUGAUUCAGUACAAAAACAUUGUGGUAAAAAGAACGCUGAAUUCUGAUAAGGCAUUUCUCAAGAAGCUUGGUAUUACUUCAGUCCCUUCAUGUUACCUGAUUUAUCCAAAUGGGUCUCAUGGAUUAAUUAGCAUUUUGAAGCCCCUCCGUUCUUUCUUCUCUUCCUAUUUAAAGUCAUUACCUGGUGUGAGGAAAAAAAUGGUCUCACAGUUUCCAUUUACAGUGAAACCAAACAAAGAUGACAAUUCAGAGGUCAUAGUCUGGAGAGAAUUUGAUAAGUCAAAACUUUAUAUGGCUGAUCUUGAGUCAGGGUUGCAUUAUCUCCUUCGAGUGGAGCUUGCUGCUCAUAAGACCCUGGAGGGAGCUGAGCUGAAGACCUUCAGGAAUUUUAUUACAGUCAUUGCAAAGCUAUUUCCUGGCCGCCAACCUGUGGUGAAGUUGUUGGAAACUUUACAGGAAUGGUUGGUCAGCCUUCCUCUGGACAAAAUCCCUUACAAUGCAAUCCUGGACCUGGUCAAUAACAAAAUGCGGAUUUCUGGAAUAUUUCUACCUAAUCAUGUUAAGUGGGUUGGAUGCCAAGGAAGCAGACCAGAGUUAAGGGGUUACACUUGUUCUCUUUGGAAACUUUUCCACACUUUAACUGUCCAGGCUGUAGUUCGUCCAAGAGCUCUGGCCAACACAGGUUUUGAAGAUAAUCCCCAAGUGGUUUUGCAGAUUAUGAGACGGUACCUUGAGACAUUUUUUGGAUGUAGAGAAUGUGCUCAGCAUUUUGAAGAAAUGGCUAAAGAAUCCAUGGACUCAGUGAAAACUCUGGAUGAAGCAGUUCUCUGGUUAUGGAAGACACACAACAUAGUGAAUAACAUGCUGGCAGGCCAGCCAAGUGAAGAUCCCAAAUUUCCAAAGGUUCAGUGGCCAACACCAGAACUCUGCCCAGGCUGCCAUGAGGAAAUUAAGGGCCUGGACAGCUGGAAUGAAGUACAAGUUCUAACAUUCUUAAAGCAUCAUUAUGGCACCAAAAAUAUCUUAAAUAAGUAUGCUGAAGACCAGGAUGAGCCUAAUGAAAUCAUAUUAGAGACCAAACAGGAGUCAAAAGUAAAUGUUAUCCUGAAGAAUCCAAAUGGAAAACAAGAGCUGAACCUGGAUCUGCCAAAUGUUUUGGACCCCGAAUCUCAUAUUUUAGAUAAAUUAAAUAAUAGACCUGACAGAGAUAAAAUUGAACAUCCAUAUGAAUCUAAGAUUCAUAUAGAGGCCAAACAGUCUGGGUCUUUCUUAGGGACUGGCUUUUCCAACAUUGACAUGAGCCUGUGUGUUCUACUAUAUGUUGCAUCAUCCGUCUUUUUAAUGAUAAUGUAUUUUUUCUCCCGAAUGAGGUCCAAAUGGUGGAAAGUAAAGUAUUAUCGCUCACCAGUAUAAAACAUUUUUUAAAAAUUAUUAUUGUUGAUAAAUCAGAGACAAAGUUUCUUUGUAAAUGGCAAAUUGUCAGCACCAGAUGCAGCUUUAAUAUUUAUGAUCAGGGAUUUUAUGCCAUAGUAGAAUUGGGUUUCAAACUACAUUUUCCUCGUUCUGUAUUCAAUCACCCAUUAUAUGAAUGUCCUGUCAUGCAAAGAAAAAGUAUUGGGCCUUUCCAUGGCAUUACUUGUAUAUUUCAUAGCAUUGAAUAUUUGCAUCUUUUAUGGAUCUAUAGCAUAAAGAACUAUUCUUCUUUAUUCACUCUUCCACAUUUUAAAAAGAAAAAAAAUUAAUGCUAUCCCAUAUAUUAAAAAUAUUUCCCAUUAAGGUUUUACAUCCUAAAUUUUCUAAACAGUAUGUCUCUUUGUUGCUCAUUUGCCAAAACUGUUUUUAUAUUUGGAGAAGCACAUAUUGAUAUUUUCAGUGGUAACAGUCAAGCAUUUUUGGUCCAUUUUAUGGUACAGGCUGCAUCUUGGAAGGAGAAGGCUUUCAGGGUAGAUGUUCAUCUUUCUGGAUGCUGAAAAUCACCUUCUAAGAUGACAUUUCCUCGAAGUUUUGGGUAAUCUGAUUAUACUUUGUGGUUUUUGCCCCCUGGGCUGUUCCCACAUGAACUAGAGGGAACUGUCACUAGAGAUAGAGCAGAAAACCUGAAAAACAAACAAGAUCAUGUUUAUAUCGGUGUUUCCUCAGAGCCAGUGAUUCUUGGGGAAGCAGAAGAAAAGCUCUCAGUUAUUUCUAUGCUUUGAAGGUUGCUGAUAGCAGUUCUGUCUGUAAGUUAUCUGAGUUGGUGGUGAUUUUUUCAUUUAAUGAAUUUCAAGUAAAUACACACCUAACAAAUUAGUUUGGUGAAAAAACAAAACUAUUUCUUCAUUCUUUGAGGUUAAAUUAUUUGGGUCAGGAGAAAUAGAUCUUUAAAGACAUGACUCUGAGUGGGUUUUUUUUUCCCAACCUGUUCAUAAGAAAUAUGUGAGCAAGUGAAUGCUUUUAAGGUCUCUCCAUCCUGUGAUUGUCCUCUUUGUGUGAGUGGAUUCGAGUCUUGCCUGGAUUCUGCUCAUGUUCAGUAAUAAUGUUAAUGGAAUAAAGAGUUAUUAUUACAGUGUCACUGUGAUUUGGACCAUUGCGGUGUUUCUGUUACAGAGUCAGGGUAGAGCCAGGAGACUUGACAGAAGUGUGCUUUAAAAUAGAAGUUAGAAGACCAGAUCUUUGCCAAGGAGAUGGAAACCAGGCAAGUUGCCAUAUCCAUCUUUUAAUAAUUAAAUAAAAAAUCUACUUAAGUUUAUGCCAGCAUUAAAUUAUUAAAUUAGCUUUUAUUAGAUGUUGCUCUUAUUCUCUAACAUCUUUUUAAGCACUGUGAUGAAAUGACCUUUCUCUUAUUUUGGGUGGAAAUUUCCUGAUUUAUCAUUGUGUAUGUAAAGUGCUGGAAUAUUGCAGCACAAUAUAUGGACUUCUAGAAAAGGACUACUCCUGUAGUGGGAAAGAGUGGGAACUCAUUUGAAUAUUAUCGAUCUUGGCCAAAAGGCCAAGAAGCAAUCAUUUUAAUAUUAUUCGUUACUUUGAGAACAUAGUGAAAGUGGAGCUAGUAGUUAGGUUUGGAAAGGUGAGAUAUGUUCAUUGGAUCUUAUUGGCUGCCAAUCUUUGCUGCCCUUUAAAUAGACCAGGAGAGAGCAGAUCAUUCUUACAGGACACCCUCUACUACUGAAACUUGAAGGGCAUUCAAGAGGAAACCCAGUUCUGUGGCUCAAAAAGACAGCCAGUCUGUUCUGAACGCUAAAGAUAAAACUGUACUAAGGACUGGAUUCCAAGAUUCUUAACUGGUGUAGCCAUUUAGAGCCUGUGGACUAUGUUAGGGCCUAUGUUAGGCUGAGGUGAUCAUAGUAAAUGGACUGAAUUUCACCUCAAAGGAGAGAAGCAGCCUUGUAUAUGUUUAGGGAGUAUACUAGGCUGGUGACCUCCAACAGAGAUGGAUAAGGAAUAGAAAUUAGAGUCUAGAUGUAAAACUGGAAGACCAUCUCUAAGUCACUAGAAACAUGACUGCGUUGUCUUGUAUCACUUUUAAGCGUUACCUUUUUCUCUUAAUUUGAUAAUAAUUAUUCCUAACCACCUUUUUCUCACUUGGAUUAAGGGAAGGAAAGCUUGCUAGUAGCAAAGGAGGGUCAGUUAGACCAGUAGGGAUUUCUUAAAGUUUAGGAUUGGACUGGUGAUAGUGGAAGAGAGAAAAAAGGAAGAAAACCAUUGAGGCAGAGACUUUGGGAUUAUGAAAUUAAAAACUAGUGAUUCCCUAGCCUCACAGGGAUUUUUUCUGUCAGCACCUAUCCUUUUCUAAUGUUGAGUCAGAGGAAAAUAAUUUCAAAAGAAUAAUACUUUCAGAAGUUAUAUAUAGGGUGUUGAAAAAUAAUGGGGAAAGAAGAUGGACUACAAGAUCUAUAAGGUCCCUUUCAGUUCUGAGGUUGCAUAAAUAUAGUAGUUAUUCAAAUCCUUGUGUAUUUAAAAGUUUUAAGUUUUUUAUCCCUUUUGAAAUCAAACUAUAUCACAAAUUAAACUACACUUUAAUAUCUGAUUUCAUGAUAUCCCCAUCUCCACCUUUGCCAAAAUUCUGCCUGUUUUUGGUAUUUUAUUUUUAACAGGAAUAUAGCAUUAGGAUUUUGAAGGCAGAGUGGCAUUCUUGGGGAAAACUAAUGUUUUCUGUGAAGUGUGGAACGGAUACCCAAAGGAAAAUUUCUGGAGUGGUUUAGAAGACCUUUGUAUCUUUUGAUUUGUCACAAAAGCUUUAUCUGGAGACAUGUUUGUAUGGAUUUUUUUGAGUGCUUUUGGAAGGCAGUGCUUUUUUCUUCUGCUUUUGUUAUUUUUUUUUUAUAAGAUAACUGGCCAAAGGACAGCCUUUUGGUGUUUACAAGACCAUUUUUAUGUUGAUUUCAUUGUUAAAACUUCAGGGCAGUGGACAGUUUUAGUAAAAAAGAAAAACUUCAACAAGACAUUUCUUUGCACAAAUAUUACCAACUUUUGCUUUAUGGUUUUGUUUAUUACUAGAUUAUAAAGAUUUGUUUGAAAAAGAAAGCAAGAAGCUAAAGAACUCCAGUUCUCUUAUUAGAGGGUAUAAUAUGAAUUUCAUCCAUUCCUCUGUCAUUGGAGGACAGGCUUUGAGUGAUCUUGAUUUAUUUCUAUUGCUUAUCAGAUUGGGUCUUCCAAGCUUUAUGUUUCUCGGUUCCAUAAUGGGAGGUUCCAAAUUGUUGGAGUAUGUAAGGGUCAAGUAUUAAGUUUGGAGAGGGAAGAAAUGGGUAAAUAUAAAAUGUACAAAGUCAAAUAUUCUUAGUCCAAAAAUUGUUUUCUGGUUCAUGCUUUAAAUUCCCUUUCCUUAAAGUAGCUUCCUUUUAAAUGAUCUUAAUUAUUAUUGCCACCCAAUAAUAGGGCUUUUUAAAAGUUACUUUGCUAAAAGCCCUUAGAAUUCGAAGUGAGCAUUUAAAUUUCAUAGCAUCAUAUUGUAAAGUUACAGCGGUUUGUGGGAUAGUUUUGUGUCCUUUUGAGAGGUGAUGACAAAAAAGUUUCACCACAGACCAAUAAAUGUGAAAUUCACAUUUAGGGAGGGGACCAGGGAGCCAAAUUAUUUCUUUUCUCCAGUGUCUGUGAUGGGAGGAGUUACUGUGCCAAGAGAACCAAAAAUAUUUUCUCAAUUCAUUUUAAACUACAAAUGGUAUGCUACAGAUGAUGCUCAUGUUUGAAAUUGAUAUUUGUAUUUUUUUAAAUUGCUAAGGUGUAUUUUCUAAGUCUAGAGAUAGCAUAAAAAGUUGUUGAAAGCUAAUAAAUAUGUUUCAUUAAUUUAAAUGAUUAUUUAUUUUUUAAUGGAAGGAUUUUGAUGAAAAGCCAAUGGAUAAAGUAUUGAUGUUAUUUCUCUCAACACAGAAAAGGCCCAUUUUGUAUUGAAUUGGCUGGCUCUACUGUAUACAUUUUUGAAAUAAAGAAAUCUGACAUUUUA